AUUAGAGAAAAUAAUUUUUAUUGGGAAAAAUUAUAAUUUAUAAAGACAACCGGUGCUACUACUUUUCUGAAAGUGAAUAUGACAACUGGCGACGCGACACGGUUCACAAGAAUACUUCUCACUGGACCACCAGGAAUUGGAAAAACAACGAUAUGUAAACAACUAAUUUCCUUGUUAGAGAAACAAUAUUCCAUUGAUGGAUUUUAUACAGAAGAAGUUCGUGAUUCAAGUAAAAAAAGAAUUGGUUUCGAUGUAGUUUCAAUAAAAAAUUCUGAAAUUCGAUCUCCACUUGCUCGUGUCGCGAACGUAUUGAAGCCACAACAAUUUCAAAAACAUUGCGUUGGAAAUUAUCACGUCUUUAUUGAAAAUUUCGAAAGCACUGCAUUAGCAAAUUUGGAUUCAAAAAUGGACGUAUUGUUUAUCGAUGAAAUCGGAAAGAUGGAAUUAUUCAGCGAUAAAUUUUUUUCUACUGUGAAUAAUCUUUUUUUUGAAGGAGACAUUAAGAAGAACAUUAUUAUCGCCACAAUUCCUCAAAUGCAUAAAGUUCCACCGAAAUAUAUUUCAUUUUUUAAAAAAUUUUACCAAGACUCUAGAUGUAAAAUUAUUGAUGUUAAUCGUGAAAAUCGAAAUAUUUUACCAAAAGAAAUUUACGAAACCAUUUGUCGAACAUCUCCAAAAAAUUGAAAAUAUAAUUAAAAAUAUACCUCUAAGAAUAUAGAUUUCGAUAAAAUUUGUAAAAAAAAAUGUUACUAUUUAAUUAAGAAAGAAUAAAAUAAUGAUUUAAAAUA